UGAAGCGGCGGGAAAUGGGGCCGGUUUAGUCUCGGGUGCGCAAGCUCGAGCUACUUCAGUUUUUUGUUCGCCGCGAGCUCGAGGUUGAACCAUGUGGAUGUCGUUAGCAACGAGAGGCCGGGGGGCAGCGGCGGCGGUCACAGCCGGCGGAGUCACCUGGUGUGGGCUGCCGGCCGGCCUCCGGGGCUGUGCUCAACGGUUACCGGCCAUCGGCAUCAAGGAUGAACUGGCACCGGGAUCCGGUACCAGGGUGAAGAGGAGCGUUAGGCAAAUAAUCCUGAAUUGUAAAACAGAAUUGGCAGAUUUACAGAAAACUGAGCCGCGCUUUCACCCGGGACUGGCCAUUGUUCAGAUUACCGAUAAUGAUAUAUUGGAGGUCAAAAAGAUGGCAGCAGAGGUUGGCCUACAUGUUGUUCAUAUAUGUUUACCAGAAGAAACUGCGACAGGGGAGCUUUUAGAUGAGAUCAUGAAGCUAAAUGAUGAUCCUAAAAUCAGGGGCUUGGUUCUGCCCCACAACCUUGUCAUGAGUGAUGCAGCAAUAAAUGCAGUGCUUCCUGAGAAAGAUAUUGAUGGAAUCACAGAUGUUAAUUUAGGAAGACUAGUCCGUGGGAAUUUUAAUGAAUGCUUUGUACCACCGGCAGCAAGUGCAAUAAUAGAAUUACUGGAACAAGCAGAUUUGUGCGCUUUUGGAAAGAAGGUCUUAAUUGUAGGUGAGAAUGGUUCACGAGAAGCAACCCUGCAGAAACUUUUACAGAUGAAAGGGAUGGUAGUUGUGAACUGCCAAUGGCAGAACACAAACAUCACGGAACUGUGCCAUCAAAGUGAUGUGUUGGUGGUGACCAGUCCUGCACCAGAAGGACUUGGAGAAGACUGGUUAAAAGCUGACACGACCAUAAUCUCCUACAAUUUACCAGCUGCAGGUUUUACUUCAAGUUCCAAUCACCAGGAUUUUCAGCAAGAUGAACCUGGGUCAUCACAUAAUGGAAUUAGUCUCCUGACAGCAGCAAUGCAGAUUAAGAAUACAGUUGAAAGCAGCAACAGAUGGCUAAAACAGCAACAGCACAAAAAGUGGAAUCUUCACCCUCUCAAAUUGCAGCCCAUCUCACCUGUCCCCAGUGACAUUGAGAUAUCCAGAGCGCAGACUCCAAAACCGAUUGAUGUCCUAGCCAAAGAGAUUGGCCUGCUUCGGUCAGAAAUAGAAGCCUAUGGUUGGAAUAAAGCAAAAGUCAAAUUAUCUCCCUUGGACAGACUAAAGGAACAGCCAGAUGGAAAAUAUGUGUUGGUUGCCGGAAUUACACCAACUCCUCUAGGAGAGGGGAAGAGUACAGUGACAAUGGGAUUGGUUCAAGCUUUAGCAGCCCAUCUGGGUAUUAAUGCCUUUGCUUGUGUGCGGCAACCAUCUCAGGGACCAACAUUUGGUGUUAAAGGUGGAGCUGCAGGUGGUGGAUAUGCACAGGUCAUCCCUAUGGAAGAGUUUAACCUCCAUCUAACCGGGGACAUUCAUGCAAUUACAGCUGCUAAUAACUUGUUGGCAGCAGCUAUUGAUGCAAGAAUUUUGCAUGAAGGCAGUCAGUCAAACCAGGCUUUGUAUAAUCGUUUGGUUCCCACUAUAAAUGGAAAGAGAAACUUUUCUUCCAUCCAGCUUGCUCGGUUAACACGACUAGGGAUCCAGAAAAAGGACCCCCGUCAGUUGGCACCAGAAGAAGUCUCAAAAUUUGUUCGUUUGGACAUUGAUCCAUCUACAAUUACCUGGCAACGAGUUCUUCUCAUGAAGGGUCAGUUUGAUAUUGCUGUUGCCAGUGAAAUCAUGGCAAUCCUUGCCCUGACCAAUGGCCUGGCUGACAUGAAAACUCGGCUUGGUAAAAUUGUGGUAGCCAACAACCGGAAAGGACAACCAGUUACUGCAGAAGAUCUGGGGGUUAGUGGUGCACUAGCCGUUCUGAUGAAAGAUGCCCUCAAACCAACCUUGAUGCAAACUCUGGAGGGGACCCCAGUGUUUGUGCACGCUGGACCUUUUGCAAAUAUUGCACAUGGUAGUUCUUCAAUUCUAGCUGACAAGUUGGCACUGAAGCUUGUUGGCAAGGAAGGGUUUGUGGUGACUGAAGCAGGCUUUGGUGCUGAUAUUGGGAUGGAGAAGUUCUUCAACAUCAAGUGCAGAACAUCAGGCCUUAAGCCUAAUGUGGUAGUGCUUGUGGCAACAAUCCGUGCCUUGAAAAUGCAUGGUGGAGGCCCCAAUGUCACUGCAGGCAAACCUCUAUCAAAAGAGUACACUGAGGAGAACCUGAAACUGGUGACUGAUGGGUGCUGUAAUUUGCAAAAGCAGAUAGAGAUCGCUCAGCUGUUUGGGAUUCCGGUUGUAGUUGCUGUGAAUGUAUUCAAGACUGAUACUGAAGCAGAGAUUAAUCUUGCCUGUCAAAUUGCAAAAUGCUCUGGAGCUUAUGAUGCUGUGCCAUGCAAUCACUGGUCCAUUGGAGGCAGAGGGUCAUUACAGCUGGCUGAGGCUGUCAGGCAGGCUGCAGAUCAGAAGAGUAGCUUCAAUUACCUUUAUGACCUAAAGAUGCCUAUUGUAGAAAAGAUUCGCACAAUAGCACAAAAGGUUUAUGGGGCCGAGGAUAUAGAGCUGUCACCUCAAGCCCAAUCCAAAGUGGACCUGUACAUCAGUCAGGGUUUUGGAGAGCUGCCAAUUUGCAUGGCAAAAACCCAUCUGUCACUAUCACAUCAACCUGAGCACAAGGGAGUUCCCACUGGAUUUGUUUUACCAAUCCGGGAUGUGCGUGCCAGUAUUGGAGCGGGCUUUAUUUAUCCGUUGGUGGGCACGAUGAGCACCAUGCCAGGAUUGCCCACUCGGUCCUGUUUUUAUGACAUUGACAUUGAUUCAGACACUGAGCAAAUCAGUGGAUUGUUCUAAAGAUUGCCCAGAAAUAUCUUGUCCUAUUUCCUGAAUUGAACAAAUGUAAUCUCUGAUUGCAUAUUAAAGAAUCUAUGGGAAAAUAAUGGACUCAAGGUUCUCUCAACCUCUCCUGAGAGAUUCUGAGGAGUGUAACCAGUUCAUGUGAUUCUUUAUUUCCUCGAUCGAUCCACUUUGUGUGCUUUGAUAGAUUAAAUCCAGAUUUUGAAACCCACCCAAUGGAUCUAUUGAAUUUUAUACACAAUUUUUUCAGCAAUUGUUAGAAGUAUUUAAUUUUUUAAACAAUUAAUAUUAAAUGACUUGUUUCAAUGUUGCAUCUCCAUAUUUCAGUAAUCUUAAGAUUUUUGAAACUGAAAUGCCUUUGCAAUACCUUGUUACAUCAACCAAAUGUACCUUGAAGGGUAGCAAGUGUUGUGCAUCUAUCUUGUAUACCAGAGUCCAUGAAAUAAUUGACCAAGGAAUCUCAGGCAAACUAAAAAUGAUGUAUGGUACUAACACCUAAGUUGAAACUUUAUUGCUGGAACAGCACAGCAGGUCAGGCAGCAU